AUGGACAAAGAGACCGUUAAGCUUCGAACGAUUGGAGGCUCUGAAUUGCCUUCGGAAUCCGCUCUUCAACGCGACAAUGAGGAACUGGCACGUUUGGGGAAGAAAGCUGUUCUGAAGGUAAAGAUUUUCCAGAAAAACUGUCACACUAUGAUUGAAUCUGGUCUGACGUAGAUAGCGCAACUUUGGGUUUCUCUCUAUGCUUGGUUUCAGUUGCACUGUUAUGAUUACCUGGGAAGGGGUUUUGCUGUAGGCUUGCAUUCCAUUGAGCGCAACUAUAAACUUCUCUAACUCGAUUGCUCAGGCUUUUCACUAUAAACUUCAAUAAUGGUGGAAUGGCUGGCUCGGUUUAUGGAUAUCUCUUCGUUUGGCUUGGAACAUUGGCGGCAUUCUCAACCAUGGCCGAACUGGCAUCUCUGUAAGGAAUAAAUUCGAAUCGAUCCUCGUACGGAAUAUUUAAAAGGCUUACAUAGUGUUCUCAGAGCCCCUACUGCUGGUGGUCAAUACCAUUGGGUAAGCAUUUUAGCACCGAAGUCUUCUAGAAAAUUCCUCAGCUAUGUCAUUGGUACGGCAAUCACAUCAAAAAUUUACAGACAUUGCUGAUACUCAACAGGAUGGCUUACCAUGGUAGGAUGGCAGGCUAUCGUUGCCUCCGGUGGCUUUCUCUGUGGCUCGCUCAUCCAAGGGCUUAUGGUCAUGAACGACUCUUCCUACAUCCCGCAAGCCUGGCACUUAGUAUUGAUGUUUUGGGUUGCAAUAAUAUUCUCGAUACUAGUGAAUACGGUUAUCAGUCAUUAUCUACCUAAAGUAGAGGGUUUUAUUCUAAUUUUGCACGCACUUGGAUUCUUUGCGAUCAUAAUUCCACUCAUAUACUUCGCACCACACGGGAAUGUAUCUGACGUGUUUACUACAUUUUCCAAUGGAGGUGGAUGGCCAACACAGGGUGUAUCAUUCCUUGUUGGGAUUGUGGGGCCUUGUUUUAGUCUUCUUGGUAUGUUUUGAUUCUCGAAAUCAAGUGAUCACACUGAAAUCCUGACUAACGUAUUUACAGGUGCAGAUGGUGCCGUGCAUGUAUAAAUUCCGAGCACUGCCAAUGUCGAUAGUCCUUUGCUGAUAUGUUCUUUAAUUUCAGAUGUCCGAGGAGAUCAAAAAUCCUUCUCUUAAUGUUCCUCGCGCAAUCGUGUUCAGUAUUGUCCUGAAUGGUUUGCUCGGUCUCGCAAUGCUUCUCGCGGCAUUAUUCUGCCUCGGAGACAUUGAAACGGUUCUUUCAACCCCAACUGGGUACCCUUUCAUGGCAAUAUUUCAACAAGCUGUCGGCUCCCUGAGCGGUGCCUUGACAAUGUCUGCCCUCAUCACAAUCAUGAAUAUUUGUGCUACAAUAUCUUUCGUUGCCACUGCGUCGAGGAUGACUUGGUCAUUCGCAAGGGAUCGAGGUCCGCCUGGAUGGCAGUAUCUUAGCAAAGUAAGUCCUAUUCAUUUCUCUAGCUAUAGAAAAACCACUGAUUCUCAUUUUCAUUUCAGAUUGAACCACAUAGUGCCCUACCACUUGUAGCUAUUGGUUUGACAGCAAUAAUAUCGAUACUACUCAGUUUAAUAGCGAUUGGUUCUGCAGUUGCGUUCAACGACGUUGUCUCCUUAGCGAUCAGCGGUUUGUACACUUCUUAUCUGAUCGGUAACGCUCUUUUGUUUUACAGAAGGGUAACAGGUCAAAUAUUACCAUACUCUCCCUCGCAAAAGACUUUGACAAAUACCAUGGAUACGGAUUUGAGCUGGGGACCUUGGAAGAUACCGGAGCCGUUUGGUAGUAUCAUCAACGCUUUUGGUUGUGUGUAUUUGAUCAUCGCUGCAGUAUUCAGUUUCUUUCCAACAGCGGUCAACCCAACAGCCUCAACAAUGAAUUACAGCUCUUUGAUGGUAGGAUCUAUCUCCAUAUUUGCUGUCCUUUACUAUAUCUUAUCAGCGCACAAAGUGUACAAAGGGCCGCUUGUUGAGGUGGAACUGAAAUAG